AUGCAGAAGAGUUUGUUGUUUUUCACAUUAAUAUAUUUAUUUUGCUCGAUCGUUCUUGGAGAACUUGCCUCAGAAGACGUUCCAGUUGUUACCAACACAACUGAGACAAUUACUGUUGAGGAAACUAAAGAGAAUAUAGUUACUAACGAUGAAGAACAAGGAGUUACAAACGCUACAAAAUCAGAAGUAUGCCCACAGUCUACGAGUCCAUUCUCUGAAAGAACUUUGGUUCUACUUAAACCCGAAGUUACCCACAGAGCCCUUAUUGGAGAAGUUAUUUCACAGAUUGAACGCAAGGGCUUUAAAAUCGUUGCUAUGAAGUUUUUGGUUGCUUCUGCUCAACAGAUCGAAGCCCAUUAUUCAGAUCACGCAGGAAAGCCAUUCUUUGAGAGUUUGGUCGCCAGAACAACUAAUCAGCCUAUUGUUGCAAUGGUACUUGAAGGAUUGAGUGCAAUAUCGGAGUUUCGUAGAUUAAUGGGUUCUACAGAUCCAAAGAAAUCGGAUAUCGGGACUUUACGUGCGCAGUUCGGAAUGCAGACUGAGAGGAAUCUCAUUCAUGCAUCUGACUCCCUGGAAAAUGCCAAUUUGGAAAUCUUCCUUUGGUUUAGCCCAGAUGAAAUCUACACAUAUGAAAGGGCGGUAGAUAAGUUUGUGUACUUCGGAUAA